CCUGAAUCAUAAUCUUAGGUGCCAAUCAGGCUAUCCCCAAAAGUCAAAGUGUCAAACCCAUAUUCUUGGUUUUCUUUAAUGUUUUUAAAAUUCACCCAAUCAAACAACAAAUUCAAGCUAGACUAAAAAAUGUCACAAAUUUAUUUGAUUCUACCAGAAAAGGUAAAAGACAAGAAUGCCUGAGAGAAAAACGUUGCCAUUACCAGAACAUAUUGGAUUACUGUUAAAAACUAGUACAAAUUUGAAACCAAUAUUAUUUCUACAAUUAACGAAUGAGUGCAAGAUAAUUGAUUUCAUUUGGAUUUCUUCCAGAAGGUACGUAGGUAGCCAGCCAUUCAUUCAUUUUUCCUAAUGGAUAGUUUACAACAUAUGCAGUCUGGAAUUUGACUGCAAUAAUUUGGUCAGCAUAUUAUUGUAAUCACAGAAGAAAAUCCACCUUUUAAAAAACCCUCCACAAGAAGCAAUUUUUUUCACUCAGAAACACAAAAGCUUCUUCAAUGGAGGAGAAAAAGACUUCAGAAUCCUCUGUUUUCAAGGUUCUGAUGUUGCCAUGGUUAGCUCAUGGCCACAUCUCUCCUUUCAUGGAGCUCUCCAAAAGACUCCUUGCCAAGAAAAACUGUCAGAUAUACUUUUGUUCCACAAAAGUCAACCUUAGUUUUGUGGAGGAAAAUUUUGAUGAGAUCUUAUCGAAUCAAUCCUUCCAAUUAGUGGAGCUUCAAUUACCUGAUUCCCCUGAUCUUCCUCCUCAGUAUCACACAACCAAAAACCUGCCACCCCAUCUGAUUUUCAACCUCAUACGAGCUUUUCAGAUGGCGGAAUCCAGCUUCAGCAGCAUUUUCAAUUCUCUGAUCCCUGAUUUGGUCAUCUUUGAUGGAUUCCAAUCAUGGGCUCCAAAGAUUGCUGCAGAGAAGAAAAUCCCUGCUGUUUAUUUCAUCACUUCAGGUGCUGGAACCAUGUCCUUUUACUAUCAUAUGUACAUUAAAAAUGGCAGCUUUGCAAAUUUUCCUUUCUCUUCCAUGUUUCUAAGAGACUAUGAGCUGAGGAAGAUGAAAGCCCAUGUGGAAUCCAACUCUGAUGAUCAAGCAGAUGUAGAAAAUGUUGGAUUCAAAUGCUUUGAAUUGAGUUCAGAGAUCAUUCUGAUCAAAACAAGCAGAGCGAUUGAAGAGAAGUAUGUUGACUAUUUGUCAAAGCUAUGUGGGAAAGAAUUGGUGUGUUUAGGUCCACUUGUUCAAGAAUCAAGUAACCAAGAAAGGGAUGGUUGCAAAGACAUCAUGAAUUUCUUGAAUGAGAAAGAUCAGGAUUCAGUUGUUUAUGUUUCUUUUGGAAGUGAGUACUUUUUGUCUGAAGAAGAAAGGGAGGAAAUAGCAUAUGGGCUUGAGCUAAGCAAUGUGAACUUCAUUUGGGUGAUUAGGUUUCCUGUUGGGCAGAAGGUUGAGAUUGAAGAUUCAAUUCCAAAAGGGUUCUUGGAGAGGGUGAAAAACAAGGGAAUUGUAGUGGAUGGAUGGGCACCACAAGCUAAGAUUCUUCACCAUGAAAAUACAGGUGGAUUUUUGAGUCAUUGUGGAUGGAGUUCUGUGAUGGAAAGUUUGUACUUUGGGGUUCCAAUUAUUGCAAUGCCAAUGCAUCUUGACCAGCCCACAAAUGCAAGGGUAUUAGGUGAGAUUGGUUUUGGUGUGGAGGUUUUGAAGGAUGAAAAUGGCAAGAUGAACAGAGAGGAAAUUGCAAAUGCUAUAAAAAUGGUGGUUUCGGAGAAGCAGAUUGGUGAAGGAAUUAGAGGAAAAGCUAAGGAAUUGAGCAGGGAGUUGAGAUUGAAAGGGGAAGAAGAGGAACAAGAAGGCGUGGAAAAGCUUUGGGAUUUAUGCAACAAAUACAAAGCAGCAGCUCAGGAUUGACGAAAAUUUUUGGAUAUUGUAACUUCGUUUUUUCAAGCAUAAUUGGUUAAGCCCAUUAAUGUUCUUGGGCCUUCGUUUAUUCACCAAACCAAACAAAGAAGUCAAACAAAAUUUAUUUUAUUUUGAUGAUGAAUUUUAUUUUUUUUUAUAAAAAAAACCAGAGAAAAUUUUUAGUUUGUUUUUGUUUUUGGUUCCAGAGAGGAUGUAAUAAUAAUUCCUUCCAAAAAGUAAACUUAACACUUGCCGUGGCUUGUCUUGUUUCACGGAAGGUAUUAUCAUUGCAUAUGAGGAUAAAAUUUAGCCAAUUAUGAAUUCAAAUCGAGCAAUUUAUAUGAAAUCUUAUUUUGACCAAAUUUGAAAUAAAAUUAAUUUAAAUAAAUAUAAACACAAUAUACUAAUUUUCUAUUUAAAAAAUUACGCAAUUAUUUUUAAAUAAAAAAUCAAUUCAUAAGCG